ACUCUGUCUGCCCGUAGCGGAGAGGAAAUCUGACAGGAGAUAAACACCAUGCUGCCCUGUUCCAACUUUAAUUUCACACGCAGAAAAUCUCACUCGAGCUGAUAGUUGUAGCUUGACCUCUCUGUGGACUUUACUCGGAUAUUUUGGACGUUUUCAUCGAGUUUUUCUUCAUUUUGAAUUUCUCUCCUGUGAGGACUGUUGAAGAUUCUACAAAAAUGUUGCAAAGCUUCAGUCAGUCGCAGGACUGGCUUUACUCAGAGCCGCUGCUGUUUGACGAUGAGUUCUGCCAGAGUUUGAUGAAGGACCUCCAGUCGCUGCCGACCCCCCCUCAGUCCCCGCCGAUGAAGACGGGGUUGGGCGGCAGCAAGCCCCUUUCCAAGGAGGACCAGCUGAGCUAUGUAUCGGACAUCCUGCUGGAGGACCACGACAUGCAGCUCAACUGGAACUGCGACUUCUUCCACUCUGAUGCUGCUGAGAAGGAGGGCAAGCCCAGCCAGCCCUGCUCCCCGCUGGAGGAGGGUGGCGAGGACUGCCUGUGGCAGUGCCUGGCAGGCGACAAGAGCCUGGAGGAGAAGCUGGUCUCGUCGAUGCUCGGCUCCAGCCCGCUGCUGUCUGACAUCAACACCAGCAUCUUUGAGGAGAUCGCCGGCUCUACGCUGGACUGCCAGAACCUGAUGGACACUCAGGAGCCCAGCGAAGCCACAUCAGACUACGGUUCAACAGGCGGCGAGCUGUCCACCUACUCAUCCAGCGACUCUGAGGAGGAGAUCGAUGUGGUCACUGUGGUGCGCUGCUCCUCCAGCCCCUCCCCUCGGCAGUCAUUGGCUGACCAGUCUGGCCGUCAGCAGAAGCAGGAAGAGGAGCAGCGAGCUCUCCAACGCCACCACUUCGAAAUCCAGCUGCAACACAACUACGCCGCGCCGUGUCCCGCCUCGCCGCCGCCUUCAUCCGCCUCCUCGUCCAACAAGCGCUCGCGAGGGAGCGACGGCUCGUCACGUUUCCACCACUCUUCUCGCAGCUCCUCUUCGUCGUCGUCAUCCUCCUCGUCACGGUACAACUACCACCACUCCUCGCGGAACUCAACAGAGACGGAGGAUGAGGAGGAGCGGCGGCGGACACACAACGUGAUGGAGCGGCAGCGGCGCAACGAGUUGAAGAACUGUUUCGUGCGCCUUCGAGACAACGUGCCCGAGCUGUCGCACAACGACAAGGCAUCCAAGGUGGUGAUCCUGAAGAAGGCCAGAGACUGCAUCUACGGCCUGGAGGACGAGGGCCACAGAUUACAAUCCAAGAGGGACAAACUCAGAGCCAAACAGGAGGAGCUGAAAGCGAGGCUGGAGCAGCUUCGCAGCUAAUGGUCCAGGAGCGAAACGUGGGGCAAGUUUUAGCUGUUAAAGAGACAAUAGGGGGGCGAGGGUGGAUAAGGGAAGAGACUUUGUACAAAGACAGGGGGUUGGGUGGGGAUAAGGGAUGGCGUGUCAUGCUGAAAAGAGCGCACAAAGUUUGACAUUUCAAGGACUUGAUGGUAACAAAUAUCUCUGGACUGCUUCGAGUCACACCUGCAACCGUUGCCAUGUACAAACACGACACACUCAUUGCCUCAGAGUUGAUCAUUCUCAUGCCUUGACUGCUGACUGUUGUAGAGAGUAGGAUGUUUUUUUUAAGGAUGGAGCAAGCAGAUUUAUUUUUUAUUUUAGCUUGGCUGAACGCACACUGAAAGACAACGACAGCAUCACUUUGCUUAUUGUUUCUUUAUUUCAUCCCAUUUGGGAAUCUUUGCUCUUGGGGAUGCCAAAUGGUGCAAGACUGAAGCCCUCGUUUGGCCGAAUAAUUGGAAGCCACAUCAGAGUAGUUGUUGAAUGAAACUUGAAUAUUGUGUUUUCAGGACGUCUUAUAGCCAUACGAACCAGCGAUCCCUCCACUCUGACAGGUGUUUGUCUGAUGGCGGCUUCCAAAUUAUUCGGACAACUGCACUUCUGUCAAUUCCAGUUAAUUUUUUUCCAAACCCCAAUGCUAUUUGACAUUUUUUUGAUCAGGAAAAAUGUUCUUCAGUGUGCUUUCAGCCCUGUUUGGCCUCAGGCGGACCCUUGGGCCCAACACCACUCUAUUAUCAGGUUAAAGUGUGUCAAUGACAGUACUGUAUAGACCAGGUUUGAUACUGUACACAUAACUAUGCUCGGCCUCGGCUCAGUUCACCACCAGCUCGGUCCCCUCAGAGUAUGUGUGUGUUUUCUCCAGUUGAAAACAUGAAAAAUGAUUUUUAAGUGUUUGUCUUCAGUAAAAGUGUUUAAAGGUAGCCAUAUUAAAGCAUUCAGGUUGUGAGGAGACCGAGCCGGGAGGCGGACUGAACCCUGAGCUGCGCUGUCGUAGCAAAUCAGCCAAAGUCGGGAUGGAAACCAAUGCAUAACACUUGAUUCAUGCAUGUAUGAAUGGAGCGACAGACGGAUGGCGUCCUGACAUUAUUUAAAGGAGCUAGUUGGAGGAAGCUGCAGCAGCAGCAAUACUGUGAUAUUUAGUUCCAUUUCUCACAGAGCAGCCAUUUUUCUAGUGUAAAUCAAGAAAAAAGGCCCACAUAUUUAUUAUCAGACGACCAUUAAUCCAGUGGAAUUUGUCUAAAUAUCAUUGUGAUUUAUUCGUCAGUGGCCCUCUUUGAUCAAACCUUCUUGGAAAAUAAUCGAUUCUCUAAAAAAUUCUAAAAGUUUGAGGCUGUUGAGAAUCACAUUAUGACCCUGAAUAUGCUGUAAUUAAGUGACAAAUUGAUCAUGAUCUUAAAGUUUAAAGUGACAAAAUGCAUUUUCCCUUUUAAAAAUAAGAUUUUAACCAUGUACGUGUUACGUGAUUCAGGCCACUGACCAACAUUCCCGUUUUUAAAAGAUAGCUGGCCCUCACUGGAGCCACAUUGUGCUCAAUUAAAAAUGAUAUUUCUAAAUACACAGAUACAAAAUAGCAGCCAAAGAGAGGCAUGGUACCAGGUAAUAUUUAAAGAAAAUUAAAAAUAAAUGCUGUACAUAUUCGCCAGGAGCCUGUUGUAUCUCAGGUGACUUGUUGAACUUGUACUUAAAGCUGUAUCUGAAGUUUGAAAUAUCGAUCAUGGAUUCAAAUGUUAACUGAAUGCUAUUUUACGCUAAAUAUCAAUUAUUGCCAAUGUUAUCCAUUGAUGUGCUGUUUGACACAUGAAAGCAAAUGUUUUCCAUUUGCACAUUUCAUUACAAAUGUCUUAAAAUGCAUCCUGUUUUGUAUCGAUAGAGUUCUUCCUCCCUCAGACUGAGUGUACUUGAACAGACCCUGGUUGAGAGGAAUAAUGAGAUUGGAGGUUUUUUGGUGUUUAAACCUGUUCUGCCUUGAAAUGAUUUCUGUUCAGGACUUUUUGUUUCCUGUUUGAUUAUGUCGCCGUCUGAUUAAAACCUCAUCUGCUUCCAACAGUUUUUUUAUUCAGGGAGGCUUUGGCUUCCCGGUUUUUCUUCCAAACAUCUUCCAGUUUUACCUUCUUUUGUGUCACAGUCACAGAGAACCACCUCCUGAAGUUCAGAUUCGAAGGUUUUAACCAGACAGCCGGGAUGAUUUUUGUUCUUAGCAUGAUAAAACCUACCUCCACCUGGCUGCAGUCUGGCCUGUAAUGUUUUGAGUUUUUUUUCUCUCUUUCUGGUUUAAAUAUUGUACAGAUUUUUCUUUUUUUAAAAAUGUAAAUAUUU